AAAUGCAUGAAGCUUUGCUUAAAAGAUUUGAAAAGUACUUCCUGAUUCAGCCUGACGCUUGGGAUGCUGUUAUUGCCGCUAUUUCUGUCCCUGACAUUAAGUUGCGAUUUGUGAAAGCUCUUUUAGAAACAGCUAAAACGCAAACAGAAGAGGAAGUUAAAAAAAUGUUCAACACUUAUGUGGUCAAGUAUGGAAAAGUAGCCUGUGCCAAAACUCGUAUUCUACCUCAACCACCUCAAAAAACAUUUUUUGACUUCGGGGAUGAAAGUAAUGAUAUUAGCAUACAAUGUGGUUCCACUGACUCGGAAAAUUAUCUGCAAGAAACGCUAUUAUACCUGGCCGAACGAGAAGAAACAACAAGGCUAUCAAUAUCAGACUAUUAA